AUGAGCGAUGCAAUAACAAGAACAACUGUUGAACAUUUGGAUAAACCGGAAUAUUCAUCAUUGAUUACUGUCAACUUACUUGGUAGACUACGAAGUACAACUGAACAAGUUCGAAAUGUUCAAGCAGUUAUGGAAGAAGAAGGUUUAACUGUAAAUGCAAAAACAUUAUCAAACAUUGGUAAUAGUUUGGAUGGUAUUCUCUGUUCUCUUGUUGAAAUAUUAUCGGAUGAUAGUAGUCAAUCAGAAAUAACUGUUAAUGUUGAUAAUCCUUCUAUUAGUAAAUGGCUUGAAUCAACAUUUUCUUCUAAACAACGUUCAUCACCAUCAUCAUCAUCAACAAAAAAAUUCGAUUCAAUACGUACUGUUAUUCAAGCAUCAAAAUUUUUAAAUGCUCUUCAACGUCAAACACGUUUAAAAAAUAAAGAUAUAUUCCCUAAUUUUAAAUUUCCAAUUGAUAUUGAUAAAUUAACAAAAUGGGAUUAUUGUAUAUUUGAUUAUACCCAACCAUUUUUAUUUACAAUACCAUUAAUAUUUCAAGCACACGAUAUUAUUAAUCGAUAUCAUAUUGAUCUUGAUAUAUUGAAAAACUUUAGUCGUGCAGUAUCCGAUGGUUAUAAUCGAUUUCAACCUGUUUAUCAUAAUGCUACACAUGGUGCCGAUGUAUUAACUACCACACAUUUAUUAAUAACAAAAGCAAAUUUAAUGAAUAUAUUUUCACCAUUAGAAAUUUGUGCUCUUCUAUUUUCAGCAGCUAUCCAUGAUUAUGAACAUCCGGGUUUAAAUAAUGCUUAUUUAAUUAAAGUUAAAAGUGAUUUAGCAUUAAUAUACAAUGAUCACAAUGUGUUAGAAAAUCAUCAUUCAAGUGCUGCAUUUAAACUUUUGAGAGAUAAACGAUAUAAUAUAUUCUCACAGAUGGACACUAAUCAAUUCAAAAUAUUUCGACAAUUAGUCAUAUCGCUUAUAAAUUAUUUUUUUGCAGCUGAAUUACUUCAUUCUUCCUUUCUAUUUAUUUAUGAACUUUUAAAUAUUCAUCGUCGAAUAGAUAUGGCCAACCACGCUUCAUUAAUCGAAAGAUUAUCUACAUAUUUCUUCUUCCAAGAAUCAAAACAAAUAUGUGUCAAUGAGGGAGAUACAAAAACUCUUCUACACAUGAUCUUGCAUGCUGCUGAUAUCUCGAACGCUGCCAAACCAUGGCCAAUUUAUAUCAAAUCAUCAGAAAAAAUUAUGGAAGAGUUUUUCGUUCAAGGUGAUCUUGAACGAACGCAAUUACUUGAAGAAAAGCCAACAUUUUGUCGUGAUACAACAGAUUUUGCCGCCGUACAAAUUGGUUUCAUUUCUCAUAUUGUCCAACCCACUUUUGAUGUUCUUGGUAAAGUAUUAAGAAUGAGUGCUUUUGAACAAGCAUUACUCAUUAACGAUUUACCAUGGCAAAUAAAUUUAAAUAUUAAUUUACAAACAUGGCUUUUGGUUUCAAAAGAAAUGGGAAAAAUGGAUAUAUUAAUAAGUAAUAACCCAGUUCAACUAAACCAUGAACUUUUAAACAAAUACGUUGAACGUGCCAAAGAACUGAUUGAACAGAAAACUCAACAUAAUUCAUUAUUACUAAGCGUUACUAGUUGA